ACAAAGGGCAUAGAUGAACCUGGAAAAAAUGUCAUGGAUAUCCUCGGGUAUUUGGCUCCUAUGUUGUCAUAUGCGGGUUCAUAACCUCUGCUUGGGUCACUGGGAGGAGCUCGGCGGUGCUGCGGCUGCUAAUGGAUUGCUGUCAGGUUCAUACAUGCGAUGGAAUAUUUGGUUGUGAUCACAGUGCAGUUCUUUGGCGCAUCUUGACGUGUUCUGUGUGUGUCAUAUUUUGGAAGCCAUCCUUAAUGAGAGACAUGAGUUUGAACCAUUUUGGACUUUGCUCGGAGAAGAGAAACUUCUUGUGAUGGAAGAGAGGAUGCAGAUAUUUGGAGGAAUGUCCAGAUAAAACUGUAAACGUGCUCAUCCUCACAGAUCACAGAUUCUAUAUUUUCUAGGGGAUCUGACUGAAAAGGUAAGUGUUUACAAUAUUUUAGCAACAGGAGGACAAUCUCUCACCAUCCCUUAAGACCUUCAAAGUAAAAGCUACAGUGGAUCCUUACCCUUUCAAUCUUGUCACAAUGGAACACUCUGCCUCUAUGAACUUGACUGUGGUGGAUAGAGAUGAGGUGGAGGACCAGCGACCUCUCCUCCCAACAAGGAUAGUUCCCCUACCCCAGGUGUGCUCUCCACAGUGUGGGAUACACCACACAGUCCAAACAUCGGCCGACCACACCGUGUGGCUGGACCGCAGCCAAGCCGUGACCACCACGCUUUUAUACAACGGCCAUCUUUAUGUCGCGCCUUCUCCUCGCUCUAAAAAGAGGGCAGACAAAGCGAAAGGCAAGGAGAAGAAGUGUGAGAAGAGGUCAGGGGGCAUCAGAGCAAACCCGGGACACAAGGAGCAAAAUCACCAGUGCAGAGGCAAAAAUGCAACAAUCCACAGACUCCAGGAGAGAGUCACCUCUUUCACUGACAUCCCCAUGUCUCCCUGUGACUCACCGUGUAAGAGCCCGAGCAGGUCACAUGUAGACACCAAGGAUGUUGAGAGCAGACGAGGCUGCAAGACAGACAAGGCCUCUCUGGAGAUGCACGGCCGUCUCCCAGAGAUCGUCAUCACCAGCAAAGAUGACGACCGGCAGCAUCAGAACGAGUAUCACCAGGACCCGAGGAAGAGCAAAGGCCUGCUGCCAGGAGCCGAGUGUCCCAGUCCAAGCCCCAGUCCCAGUCCUCAUAGCAGUCCAAAGCACAAGGCAGAGGACAAGGACGACCACUACUGGAAGACCCACGGUAUCGGCUGGCGGCUGGUCCGCAGGAGGACUCUGUUUCUGAGGAGGCAGCGGCUGAGCGACUGCACUCUGGCUGUGGGGAUGUUCGGCGUGGUGCUGAUGGUGAUGGAGACAGAACUGUCCUGGAGCGUCUACAGCAAGAGCUCCGUCUACUCCCUCGCGCUCAAGUCCGUCAUCAGUUUGUCGACGCUCGUCCUGCUCGGCCUCAUCAUAGCCUAUCACUGCUGUGAAGUGCAGCUUUAUGUCAAUGACCUUGGUGCAGAGGAUUGGCGGAUCGCCAUGACAACAGACCGCUUGGCUCUGAUGGCCCUGGAGCUGCUAGUCGCAGCCAUUCACCCGUACCCCGUGGGUCUGCUGGCGUACUUUCAGCAGAGCUCGGCGGCUCGCUUGUCGUCGUCAGAGACAGAGCUGGAGAUCGCACUGACUCUGCCCAUGUUGCUCAGACUCUACCUGCUGGGACGAGUCAUGAUGCUGCACAGCCGCCUCUUCACUGACACGGCAUCCCGCAGCAUCGGGGCCCUCAACAAGAUUCACUUCAACACCAGGUUUGUGGGGAAAACACUGAUGACGACUUACCCCGGCACCGUGCUCAUGAUCUUCAGUGUUUCUCUGUGGAUUGUGGCAGCAUGGGGCUUACAUGUGUGUGAGAGACACCACAACUACAAAGACCUCAGCAGCAACUACAUGGAAGCCUUGUGGAUGAUCUCCGUCACGUUCCUGUCCAUUGGUUAUGGAGACGUGGUGCCUCACACCUACUGUGGACGCAGCAUCUGCCUCCUCACUGGAAUAAUGGGAGCAGGCUGCACUGUCCUGGUGGUGGCGGUCGUAGCAAGGAAGCUGGAGCUGACCAGAGCAGAGAGGCAUGUCCACAACUUCAUGAUGGACUCCCACAUCUCUAAGAGGAUAAAAAUUGCCGCAGCAAAUGUGCUGAGGGAGACUUGGCUCGUCUACAAAUACACAAAGCUGUCAGGAAAAAGAGAUGACACCAGAGUCUGCAUGCACCAGCGGAAGCUGCUGCUGACCAUCCAUCAGCUGCGUCGCGUAAAGAUGGAGAAGAGGAUACUAGCAGACCAGGGGAACACAUUAGUUGACCUCUCCAAGGUGAGAGAGAUACAGAGCCUGAUGUACGACGUGUUGACCGAGGUGCAAGGCUGCAGAGGGGAGCUGGACUCACACAUCCACAGCCUGGAGAAGCAUGUGGAGGAGCUGAGGGAGGGCUUCAGGAGCCUGAUGCCACUUCUGUCCAACACUCUGUCCACUCAGAACUCGUCCAUACGACACCUUCUCAGGGAGAGGGAGGGGAAGGCAGAGACAGCCGGUACGAGUGGAAGUGACAGGUAGAGAUGAUGGGGACAUGUCUGACAACUGCAAACUCGUCAUGAGGCUCGUCUUGUGUGGAAGAUUCAUCAGAAGUGACCAGAUGAAACCAGUAUAGAAUACAUUUUAAAUAGUUUUAUAAGUAGCUAAAAACAUUAGUGAGGUUCAGAAGAAAAACAUUUUUAAUUUACUUAUCAUGUCCCUUAGUAACAUAAUAAAAAAAACUUGCAAUAUCUUGACUUUGUAAAUCAAAUAGGAUCGUCAACGGAGAACCUCCCUUAAGCUUCCAAAACCCCAUUAUGUUCCCAGGUGCUCAUAGAAAUUAUAUAUUUUAACUUCAUUGCAGCCCAAAUGAGAAAACUUGAUGACUUCACUCUCAAUUAGCUCCAUCUUAACACAUCACUUGUUCUGAUUUCAAAAUAUGCAAAUCUACAUAAAGCUUUGAAAUAUUUUGAAGAGAAUGUUCAGAUUCUGUGUUUGAAUUAAGACACCAAGAACACAGAUUUUUUAUUAUUAUCAUUAUUAUCAUUAUUAUUAUUAUUAUGUGUCAAUCAGGCUCUUGCCAAGUAAAAC